AUGAACGAAGACUUCACCUAUCUCUUUGCAAUUGUUCGCAAUACGCUCCUGCGCCAACGCUCACACUGUGAAGGUGAGAGACGAGAAGAAGUGAAGGCAGAUUUAACGCUACCGCGACCAAUUAAGCUCUUUCCGCUCUUUUCUUACUGCCUGUCCUCACACCACCUCGCCCCAUCCUAUGCGACUUGCACUUCGGAAAGAGAUGGAUACCGAACAAACAGCGCUGAUCCCAGUUCUGGUAACGCGAUGGCGUGGCGUGAGGCUCCCGGGAUUGUGCAGCCGAAUGCCAGGUUCACACUAUACGCGCUGGAGCUCACCAACGGGCACUUCCCAGGGCUCAUCCAGAUCGUGAUUCCAAAGCCUCCAUCCGCAGGCAGCAUUACUCCCAGCUCUUCCCACAGCGACAACGCCAAUUCGGAACACCUGCAUCCUUUGCAGUCUACAAAUACGACACACUUGAAGAGAAAACACCCUGGUAAUGAUGCAAAUCUACCUCCGAAAAGGACGAAGGAAGCAGAUACGGCUACCGAAGUACCACGGACUCCUGACCAGACGGUUGAACCGGUUUACAUCGAGCUCGAGAACCCUCCAGCGGACACAUCCGAAUUCCUGAAAUAG